GAGAGAAAUUGAGUACUAGCUUAUUUGCUUGUUGGUUUGCUUUUGUUUCGCUUCAUUGAUUGCUUGAGUUAUGAUCAAAAGAUAUUUGCUAACCCAAAGACAUGCAAAAAUUGAAGAAAAUACUAUUGCUUGACAUUUGAUCGAUUGAUCGAUCGACUGAGUGAUUGAUUGAUCCCGAUUGGUCGAUAUUUGUCCUUUGCCUGGGCCUGACUGCAUAGGUCGUGGUAAUUUCUCCUUGAGUAUGUAGUUAAUUAGUGGUUGUUUAUCUAUCCAUUUAUUUAUUUUUUUUUAUUUUGUUAGGCUCCUUACUUCGGGCAGAACUAAAAUGCAGAGAUGCUUUGCAGGUUCUGCAGCUGGAAGGAUGGCAAAGAGCUUUGGAAGUCCUAAAGAUGGCGAAUGAGUCACUGAAAACAGUACAGAAAGAAACCAAACGCAGUGAAUUCUUCAAGCUUACUCGGAGCUCUUACCUCUUUGUCCAGGGUGAAGUGUACCACAGAGCAGGGAAUAUGGCAAAGGCGCUAAGAAUCUUGCAUCGGUCUCUGAAGAUAAUGGAAGACAUCCUACAAAGUCACACCAGUACUACCAGAUGCCUGAACGCCAUCGGCAAUUGCCACAGCAAGCUGGACCAACCAGAUGAGGUGAUAAAGUUCUAUACUAGAGCUUAUGAAAUGAGGCAGGAGCUGUCUGGCUCAAUGAAUCACUUUGACAUGCCAGCUUUUAAAGGUCAGAUCGGUACAGUCUAUGAAGGAAAAGCUCAAAUCUAUCGAAAAGAUGGACAGGACGACGAAGCAAGCAAGCAAUUUCGCAAGGCAAACGAAUGCUAUCAAGAGGCCUUAGAACUCGCUAAGGAACUCAAAAUACCAGGAAUGUUAAACACAGCGAUAUUGAACAGAAACAUUGCAAACACGUACGCAUGGCUAAGAGAGUUUGAAGAAGCCUGCCAACCUGCAAAGAACGCGUACGAAAUCAGUAAGGACAUUCUAGGAAAUCAUCCUGACACUGCACGAAGUGCCUUCCAAAUGGCAGAACUUUGUCGAGGUUUAGAGGACUAUGAUGAAGCGGAAGAUUACUACGAACAAGCUUGGAAGAUUGAAAAAUCUCUGGGACAAGGAAACCACAGUGAAGUUAUGGUCAGAAUCAUUGAAGCUUACGAAGCGUCGCUUACAGGCUUGAGGAAGGAAGAAUUUCAAAAGGAAACGUUUGAGUUUUAUCAACGUUGCUGGAACGAAGAAAGAGAAUUCGAAGGAUUUGAAUUUUCUUUGGCCAACAGGAAAGUCAUUGAUUCGAUUAACAGACGGCUUGGUGGCUUGGCUGACAGGCAGACGCAGAAGAAAUACCAAAGAGAAGCUCUUUGGUUCUACGAAGGGGCAUGGAAUUCUCCAGACACAAAACAGCGACCGGAUCGUCACAGAGAAGAAAUUCUUCAAGACCUUUUGCGCUUGUGUACCAUUCUCCGUGAGAAGGAUCUGCUCAAAAAGUACGAAGCCGAGGCAUUCAGAUUUUAUGAAAAGCUGUGGAAAAACAACAAGGGAAAGAUGGAAAAGCAAGAUAGAAUAGACAUUCUCACCAAGCUUGAAAACUACGCGUCAUCACUUAAGGACGAGAAGAAGGCUCAGCAGUAUGGGAUCUUGUUAAAGUCAAACAAACGGAGCGCUACACUUGAAGGAUCCCUUAAAUCUCUUUUCUCAUUUGGAUCAGCAGCUGAAAAGCUGUCUAGCGAUGACGAUGAUGAUUCUGAUAAAGAGGUCGAUGAUCAAGACGAUGAUGACGAUGAUGACAAUGAUGACGAUGAUGAUGAUGAUGACGAUGAUGGUAGUAAUGGUAGCCAAGACCUCACUGAACAGUUAUCACAACUUGCAGUUGAACAGCAGGAGCUGGAGGAGCUAGAGAAUCCAGAUGAUCAAGAACCAGACAAGAUAAAAAUACACGAAGGAACAAUAACUAGUGAAGGCACCCACUGGGAUUUGGAAAAGUGCGCUCUACACAUGACAUUCCCUCGUGGUGCUGUAUCUGAGCCCACCGUGAUAGAGGUCCACAAAUGGAAACCCACUGCUUGUUCACCCCAACUCCAAGAACAUGAAGCUGUUUUCAGCAACGUAAUUGAAAUCUCGACGAGGAGUGAUGAAGUUCUGGAAUUCGAAGCCGAGGUGAAACUGACACUCUCUCACAGUGCGGCUGACCUACAUGGCUAUGAACUGGUGAUAUUCAAGUUAACUAACAAGGAGACAAAUGAAUGGGAGGACGUACUUGGAACUGUAAAGUUUCAGAGUCUGUUAGAACUUGAAGACGAAUAUCCGUCGGGCAAAGAUAUUCCUGACUUUCACUUCCCCAUUGUGCAAGCUGAGAUAACAGAAUGCUCAACAUACGCGGUAGUCUGUCGACUCAAGCCAUCUCCAUCUUAUGAAAUUACAUCUAACGGUGGUUCCUUUAACCUGCCUGAAUAUCCAAAUGUAUGCGUUACCAUCCCUAAGAAGGCUGUUGCGCCAAAAGCAAAGAUUCCGCUGCAAAUAAAGGUGCACGAAAUUCCUCGUGAGGAAUUUAAAGGCCAAGAGGUUGUGGUCGGACCUAUUUUGCGAGUCUCCUGCAGUGAAGUCGUCGAGUUCUUGAAGCCCGUCACGAUCCAGUUACCAGUUUCUCUAGGAGACGAACAGCUCGACAUUCCUGACGUGUCAAAAUGCCAUGUUAGAGUACUGUUUCUGAGGUCCGAGGAAGAACGAAAGGAAUGGGUUGAAAUCACUGAAGAUGUAAGGAACUCGACUAGAUUUGACGGCAAGACGGUCAAAUUCCAGGUCCAGCGUUUCUCUGGAUACGCGUGUCUUCUUGACUGGCGCGUAAAAGAUUUGAGCGUUGCUGGAGUUAUUAGGUAUCUGUCGAGCCUUAUUUUGUGCCCUCCACAGCUAGCAGUGUUCUUCGCUUACUUUCCUCCAGAGGAACGACCUGAUUCGCAAGAUAUUUUGUUCCUCAUUUGUUGUGCCUCUCACCUAAGACGGCAAGUGACAAAAGAGUUACAAGAGAAGAACAUUAACUUCCCAAGCUACGUCGAAUCGAAGAAAAAGAUGAUAUCGGGACACGAUAAGGCAUAUGUUUCUCUCUCAGGGGGGAUCAGGGCACUUGACGAAGAUGACAUGGAAAACGUCCAUCUCAGGUUUGAAGGUCAUGAGCCACACCAAGCUCAAGUUGGAGUUCGGGUGAUCAAUGAUAAGGGAUUGUCUGGGGUGACGUUUUACAGCAGCCCCAAACUCGAGAAAGAAACCUUACUGUGCAAAUUACACUUUAGAUUGUCACCCCUCAAAAAUGAUUUUAAGAUAUUUCACUCAGAUGUGAUUGUGAAUUGUGCAGAACAAGUAAACAAGAAAAGCAAUGGAAGUUAUUCCUCAGAUGGUCCACUGGAAGUUACUAUCCUGGGAUCCAGUUGGGGUUCUCCACGUUUUGAUUCUUCAUUCUUUUCCCAAGAGCUGGCUAUUCAAUUGGCAAAAUUUCCUGAGGUUAAAGUCACAUUCCUAGUCCCACAAAAUCCAUGCAGCGACACUGAUAAGAGAGCAGCUGACAGUAAUGGUGUUACCAUUGCUGAAGUAGAGGAACAACCAGGUUUUGAUGACCCUACUGAGUGGUUGUUUUGUCCUCCUCGAGACCUCACUACUGACAUUGUAGUUGGUGCAGGUGAAAAGCUUGGCAAGAUUGCGCACGUUUUCAAGGUACAACGCCAUUGCAAAAACAUUUAUGUUGUCACUGACUCUUUCGAGGAGAGGCAACGUGAAUUAGUUUACGGCGCGUCAUGGGAAAAUACCAGAAAUGUUACACUUAGUCGAACGGCUGAUCUUGCUGUUGCCUCUGGACCUAGGAUUUCUGACAAUCUUUCUGCUUCCCUACGUGGCCACGAGAAACAUGUUUUCAAACUCACUCCUGGUAUACUUAGUGAAUUUUCUGAUGUUAAACAAGCUACUGCUGAACAAGCAAAAUUUCGUAUCUUAAUGCUUGGUGGUGGAAACCCUGACAAUUUUAAACAAGAGGGUCUUAAAACUGCUGCAGAAGCAGUGGCAGAGUUGAAGGACAAAUCUUAUCACCUUUUGUAUGCUGGUGCAGGAGAAGGUGAACAUGAGCAAUUUGCCAAAACAUUUUCUGAGUGUGGUGUUUCAAAGUGUCAGCUAAUCAUUGGAAGCCUUCCCAAAAGCAGAGAAGGGUUGAAAAACUUGUUCUGCGAGGUAGACCUGGCUAUUAUGCCCUCAAGUGAACAGGGAUUUGGAAUGAUGGGUCUCGCAGCAUUAACGUCUGGUCUGCCUGUCCUGGUACAUGGGGAUUCAGGAUUUGGUGAAGCCUUGAAAGAGGUCAGCUUUGGAACAUCAUCCGUAGUGGAUUCUGAAGAUGCCAAUGUCUGGGCCAAAGCAAUCAAGAGGGUGCGAAACACAGAGAGGAAGAUCAGGCUUCAGGAGGCUGCAUCACUGCGUUCACAUUAUGAUGAAAAGUACAGCUGGGAGAUACAGUGUAAAGAUUUGGUUCAAAAGAUGUUGACCAUAGUCACUGCCCAACCAGACCAGACCUCGUGAAAGGAAAACUGGAUGAAUUAAUACCCAGAGUGGCCGGUCAAUUACAUUUUCGAUAAUCUCAAAUGAAAAUUGAUGUCUAACAAUAAAGUACUAAUGGAGACUGUUAUGUAGCUAGUCAAACCUAAAGCUGCAAAGUUGUCCAAAAAGCAAGUAACUGUCGUUUGCACGUUCGCCUUAUCGCCUUGGUAGCGAAAGAAGUAAGGUAGUCACGCAAAUGUCAGUCACGUACUCAGCGCUCGUUUCGCAAAAUACAAAUCUGUAAUUUGCAAAGCGGAGCACUUCUGACCUUUUGGCUUUAAUUCUUUGUUAAAAGUCACCACUGCAUCGAGUUGUAUCUACGAAAAGUGUUAAAGAAUCGGAAGAAGUAAGUUGCCAUAUCGUUACAGUCAGUCGAAGAGCUCGUCUCGCAAAAUACAGAUCUUCGAAUUUACAAAUUCUACACUUCCGCUGUUUUAUUCCUUGUUUAGGCUAUUGCACGAAGGAACCUGACUUUUAUGAUACUUGAUUUUACUUGAUAUGUUCAUUUUAAUACAGGUUUAUUCCUUUCGUUUUGUUUCGUUUCGUUUCGAAAACUACAAUAAGCCGCUUUUCUGCUAAAAGACAAUCAGGGUGGCAAAGCAGGGGGUCACGUAGGGAAAAAAAAAAUCAACCUUACAAUUCUUUGUUUUUCAUGCUUGGCUUGCAAGUACAACAUUUCUUCAUAAAAUCACUUAAAUUUGCGUCUUUCUUCAGAUAUAUGCCUAGCCAAUUUCUGGGUUAUGGACACUAAAAAUGUAGAAAAUGAAUGAGCAAACCAUAAUAUUUUUCUUAACCAAUUUUAUGUCUUUGCCCUGCUGACUCCAUUUCUCAACCCUUCUCGUUACUAAGCUCGGAGCUUGGUAACCAGGCAAAAAUGGAGGCUUAUGGGUAUCUCAAGUAGUUAUUAGAUACCAGUAAGGCAUCCAGUAACUGAAAUUACAGAAUCUUGGUGGAAAUGUUACAGUAUAAUAUUUUGAGAUAAAAAAAAAGCCUGCUUGUGUCUCAAAUUGGACUUGAAGGCACAGGGGCUAUGGACACUACAAGGGGGUAUGGACACUAUAUUUUGGUUAUUGUGUCCAUUUUUUUUUACAACAAUGAAAAACAAAAUAUCUCCACAAAUACCAUAUUUGUAUACCGUAAAAUCCCACUUUAAAGCCUCAACCGGUUAUAAGCUCCCCCCAGAUAUAAGCUCAUCUCUUUGCUAACAAAAAUAUUAUUCCGGAUAUAAGCCACCCUGGAUAUAAGUCAGCCCCNCCCCCCCCAGAUAU